AUGACGACGACAGCGGCCCCAGGCUCCGAUCUUUCGCACGCCUCGCCCUCGCGGCCACCACCAUCCCGGUCGUAUUCCACUCGCAGAGAUCCAUCACACUCAUCACGUCCCUCGACCGCCGCAUCAGUCAGCUCCAACUCUGCUUCUGCUCUUACCUGUGCUACUGCUUCAGCCAGCUACCACCAGGCACUGCGCUCCCACCACCAGCGCCGCCCUUCUUCGCACCGUUCUGCCAGCCAGGUUGCUACGCCGCCCCAACAUGACUACGACACGACGCGCAUAGCCUCUCACUCCAAGCGCAGUUCCAGCCGCGACGUCCCCAGGGGCAACGACCCCAAACGCUCUCACCGACGCAGCAGCUCACGUUGUAACUAUCCCCAUCCUCAACAGACCCCCGACAUGCCUUCUGCUGCGGCGGCCAGUGCCGCGCCACCGCCCUCGUCCCACGGCCGCUCCUCGCACGCCGGCACCGACGCCCAGUCCUCCCACGGCACCAAGCAAUCGCGCUCGCGCACCACUAUCCCUACGCAGUCUGGAAAAUGGAUUCUUGGCAAGACCAUUGGUGCUGGUAGCAUGGGCAAGGUCAAGCUUGCCCGCAAAGAAGAUGGCAGCGAACAGGUCGCCUGCAAGAUUAUUCCUCGUGGCUCGACCGACGAUGCUCAUCAGACCCGUGCCGAUAAAGAGCGCGCCGACCAGUCUAAAGAAAUUCGUACCGCCCGUGAAGCCGCCAUCGUCACCCUCCUCAACCACCCCCACAUUUGCGGCCUGCGCGAUGUCGUUCGUACAAAUUACCACUGGUACAUGCUUUUCGAGUUUGUCAAUGGAGGUCAGAUGCUCGACUACAUAAUUUCCCAUGGCAAACUCAAGGAAAAGCAGGCUCGCAAGUUCAGUCGCCAAAUUGCUAGCGCCCUCGAUUACUGUCACCGCAACAGUAUCGUUCACCGUGAUCUCAAGAUUGAAAACAUUCUCAUCAGCAAGACCGGCGAUAUUAAGAUUAUUGAUUUUGGCCUGAGCAACCUCUUUGCCCCGCGCGGCCAUCUAAAAACCUUCUGCGGCAGCCUGUACUUUGCUGCUCCUGAGUUGCUACAAGCCAGAGCCUACACAGGACCAGAAGUUGACGUAUGGAGUUUCGGUAUUGUGCUCUACGUGCUAGUCUGUGGCAAGGUGCCAUUUGACGAUCAUAGUAUGCCCGCUCUCCACGCCAAGAUCAAGAAGGGUGUCGUCGACUACCCGAGCUGGUUGUCAAGCGAGUGCAAACACCUCAUGUCCCGCAUGCUUGUCACCGACCCGAAGCAGCGGGCGACGAUGCAAGAGGUCAUGAUCCACCCCUGGAUGACCAAGGGUUACAGCGGACCACCAGACAACUAUCUACCCAUUCGCGAGCCCCUAACCCUACCUCUGGAGCCCGAAGUCGUGCAUGCCAUGCAAGGCUUCAAUUUCGGCUCACCCGAGAGCAUUAAUGCCCAACUGACCAAGAUCAUCGAGUCGGAAGAUUAUCAACAGGCUGUGAGGCUGUACUACCGGGAGAGAAAAAUUUCACAGCAGAUGCCCGAGGUGGAAAAGAAGAAAAGCUUUGGCUUCGAUUUUUAUAAGCGCCGCAACUCUGGAUCCGCCAGUCGCGACACGCUGACACACCCUAGCUCUGAUGCGCUGCAGCUGGGUAGCGAUCCCCUCAAUGCUUUUAGCCCCCUGUUGUCCAUCUACUACCUUGUGCGGGAGAAGCAGACGAGGGAACAAGAAAACUUGAUGACGCAGAACCCCGCAUCUGCAAAGGAAAAAGAAAAGCAGAGAGAGCGUGAACGUGAGCGAGACCGAGAAAGGGAUCGCGACCGUGACGCGCGUGACCGACUUGUUGAUGCCAUGCCACUCGCUCCACCCAAGGCGGCGCAUACAAACGCUGCCGCAUUCGAGAUGCCCGGAGAGAAGCCAACUGGCGGGCGUACGCGACCACGGGCUCGAACGCAUGGAGAAGAUGACGAACCUGACAUGGUCAAGCAGCAGAAACCGCAGGAGAAGCUGGAGCCAGCACCCAAGAAGGAAGGCACAGCAGCUGGUCUUCUGCGUCGUUUCAGCACGCGCAAGCGCAGAGAUCCGCAACGUCAUGAAAGAGACCGCUCGCAUCCUCCCAUGGUUCACGUUCAUUCCCCUUCCGAGUCAUCACCUAUACCACCACGGAAGAGCUUCAGCAUGCGUCGAUCGCGCCCUGACCCCGAGGAACUGCAUUCUGGUGGAAGUCAGCAGCAUCACAAGGAACUUCUUAGCCCACCGCUCUCAUCGGGGGGCAGGCCCACCAAAUCAGGUCUUGGGCGCUCAACCAGCGUCAACUCCGGCGACACGCGUCGUCGCGAUGUAACAAGGGCAGCUCGCGAGCAGGCUGUGACUAGUGGCAGUGACCAGUCAGUGGAGAACGACUUGCCCAGAAGUGCCCAUAAGGGCCAUAAUCACUCACAGUCAAUGACUACACGAGCCAAGUCUCUUGGCCACGCCCGUCGGGAGAGCGUUCAGCGUCGCCGACACCGGCGAGAGAAUGCAAUGGAAUCCAACGUCCCCGAAGAGACGGACGUAGAGAUCGAGCAGAGCGGGCAGUCUACGGAGCGGCUAGCAACUAGUGAUUUGGCAAAGCCUGUGUUCUUGAAGGGCCUCUUCAGUGUGUCGACAACAUCGGGCAAAUCAGUCCCUGCAAUUAGAGCCGAGAUACGCCGAGUGCUAGAUCAGCUCAACGUGGAAUACAUUGAGAUCAAGGGCGGAUUUACCUGCAGGCAUUCGCCGAGCAUCGACUUAAAUAAGGUGCAAGACCCCCCGGGCACCGCUGGCGGGCAAUCAGGUGGUCACCGACGCCGCUUCAGCUUCGGGGGUCUACGCCGUGGAGAUGACAGAGACGACUCUGAUCGAGGUCCCCUCACGCCGAGGACGCCCGCGCGUUCGGACAGAGAUCGCAGUGAUCGAGACAAGAGCGACAGAGAGCGCAGCUACUCCAACUCUGAAACGUCGCUGGACAGCAUCCCGCGAACGAAUGGAGGCACAACACGAAGAGCACCGGGAGAAACGAGCACGCAAGUGCAGAGCGACCUUGGCGGCAGCAUGAUUUUAGAAUUCGAAAUUUUUAUUGUCAAGGUGCCGUUGCUAUCAUUGCACGGCAUCCAGUUCAAGCGGAUGGAAGGCAAUACCUGGCAGUUCAAGAAUAUGGCGGAUCAGAUUCUAAAGGAAUUGAAGCUAUAA